AUGGAAGGUGCUUCGAGUUCAUCAUCAGGUGGUGGGGCGUUCCAAGUGCAGCAGCAGAAAGAUUAUUCCGGGGAGGGUCCGGCGGGGGAGAUACCGUUAUGGAAGAUAGUAGUGGUGUCGGCGAUAGCCUGCGGGGUCCAAUUUGGAUGGGCCCUACAGCUUUCCCUUCUCACUCCUUAUGUGCAGCUAUUGGGAAUCCCACACAAAUUCUCCUCCCUCAUCUGGCUAUGCGGUCCAAUCUCCGGCUUGAUCGUCCAGCCGCUAGUCGGCUACUACAGCGACAACUGCACCAGCCGCUUCGGUCGGCGCCGACCCUUCAUUGCCAGCGGGGCAAUCCUCGUCAUCUUCGCCGUUAUCCUCAUAGGAUUCGCGGCCGAUAUAGGCCACUCUACGGGCGACCCGCUGGGGAAAGAAUCCAAGCCCCGCGCUAUUGUUAUGUUCAUCGUGGGUUUUUGGAUUCUGGACGUGGCUAACAACAUGUUACAAGGGCCGUGCAGGGCGUUGCUGGCAGAUCUGUCGUGCGGGGAUGGCGGGAAAACGCGAUUGGCCAACGCGCUCUUCUCGUUCUUCAUGGCGGUUGGGAAUAUCGGGGGCUAUGCGGCCGGGGCCCAGCCCAUGCUCUAUAAAAGUUUCCCUUUCACACACACGGACGCGUGCGACGUCUACUGCGCCAACCUGAAGAGCUGUUUCAUCAUCUCGGCCAUCCUGUUGCUGGUCAUAACCACGGUGGCCGUGACCUGCGUGAGCGAAAUCCCGUACACGAAGAAGAAGAUGGAAGGGGGCGGGGUGCCAUUCUUCGGGGAACUUUUCGGGGCCUUUAAGAAUCUCCCGAGGCCGAUGCUCAUUCUCCUCUUAGUCACGGCUCUCAACUGGAUCGCGUGGUUCCCCUUUCUGUUGUACGACACGGAUUGGAUGGCCAGGGAGGUUUACGGCGGAGAAGUCAACGACAGUGGAUUGUACGACAAAGGUGUGCGCGCGGGAGCUUUGGGACUCAUGCUCCAGUCUAUAGUUUUGGGAUUCAUGUCCAUUGGAGUCGAGCUGCUGGCACGUCAGCUUGGUGACGUCAAAACUCUGUGGGGCGGUGUUAACUUUAUUUUGGCUAUUGGUUUAGCCCUCACCGUGGCCGUCACCAAAACCGCCACACACAGUAGAAGAUUCGACGCUCAAGGGCACGCCCUUAUGCCAAAUUCCAAAGUCAAGGCCUUUGCUUUGGCUAUUUUUUGCAUUUUGGGUAUCCCUCUAGCAGUGACUUUCAGCAUUCCGUUCGCCCUAGCAUGUAUCUAUUCAAGUGAUGCUGGUUCUGGACAAGCUGGUCUCUCUCUUGGUGUUCUCAAUCUUGCAAUUGUUGUGCCACAGAUGUUCGUAUCCUUUUUAAGUGGACCCUGGGAUGCAUUGUUCGGAGGAGGAAAUUUGCCGGCAUUCAUAGUGGGUGCAAUAUCUGCGGCACUCAGUGGAAUAUUAGCAAUCACUUUGCUUCCCAAACCUCAAUCAGACAAGCUUGCCAUACCCUAGUGCUAAGGAUAGUAGUAGUAAUAUUGCGAAUUACGUACGGGGCACACUCUUAACGUUCCUUUGUUUCCACCUUUAUAAGCUAAGGAGAUUAGCAAAUAUGAAUAUGCUUCAUGGCAUGCAUGUUCUGUCAGCACUUCCACAUAUUGUUGUCAUCUAUUGUCCGGAAAUUAAACCCCCAAAAUAAUUCCUCUCCGGCGCAUAGCGUUGAGACGAUGCUUUUGCUUAUUGCACUUAAUCACUUUGGAACUUUUUUGAUGAUGAGUGGAGUUCUUUUGUUGUUAA